GACCAAAUCAGAAAUGUGUAGCCAAAUUUGGUCAAUUUUACUGUUAUAUAAAAGUUAUUUAUUUUAAUCGAAGUUUUACUAUGAAUAUGUGAAUCGUGUUAACCAGGAUAUCCAACCAAUAUGUCGUCGGAUAGCGAGAUGGACGAGUUUUAUGAUGCUGAGGACAGCACUCCAAGAAAAACGUCAUUGCCUUCAGGAAUGGGUGACAUACAAGAGGACUCCUUUGGAAUGAGUGAGUUAGAAUUAGAGGAGAGAAGGUUGUAUGAACUGAAGAAAAAGCAAGAGGAAAGGAGGUUGAAGGAAGAUGAAGAAUACAUGAAGAGGCUGGAAAUGUUACGGAAAAAGAAAGAAGAAAAACAUUUGGCAAUUGAUAGUAAGAUUAAAGAGAAUGAAAAGAGGCGGAAGCGAUUGGAAGAUCUGCGACAACGGAUGACAGAGGACAGUGAUGGAAGUGUCCCAACAGGGAUGGGAGAUCUGAAGCUUUAUCAUGACUCGGAUACAGAUGAUGAGAUGUUAAAUACACAUGGUGAUGAAGACUCUGAUUCCUCUAAUGGAAAGUCGCCUUUGUUUUCAGCCAACAAAGAAGUGGAAUCAUCAAAACGGUUGUCUACACAAGAGUCUGAAACUUUUAAUAGAAAAUCACAUGAUUAUUCUGACAAUAUAACUACGUCAUUUCCUGAAAAGGAGAAGCCAAACAAACAAAUUCCACAUAUACAAGUGACAGAAGACAGUUUAGAGGACAACACAGGAACGGGAAGUGAUGCUCUUGUAGACAAGUUUCUUAAUGAUGAUAUUAAUGAACCAGAUAUUGUACGAAGUACAAAGACUAGAACUCCACCAACCACUUUGGUGGACGGAGAUCUACCGGAGCAACCACGGCCAGCGAAUGUUGAACAACCUAAGGCACCGCCGAGGAAGAAGAAGAAAGGAGACAGAUCUAGUGGAGAGCUUUGUCAGACUGGUGCCUCUGACUGGAAUGCAAGUCCUAAAGGACUGAGUUUGCCCACCCCAACAUCCACAGUGGAUAAUCUCACCAAAGAGCUUGAGUAUGCCCUUGACCUCCACAGUGCCCUCGGUGGGGCCCGACACAUCAAUGCAGAGGAAGCAGAGCGUGAUGCUGUAAACUCGGAUCAUGAUUCUCCGCGACAAAAAAGUGACAGCCUGCCAUCCUCCGUGGAUGGAGGCCCAUCAGGAACAGAUAAUACUGAGGAUGGAGGUGGAGCACGUCUGCGUUCUCAAGCACGAAGCUCGGCUGCAGAGGAAACACUGCGGCCACGAUCUAAUUCUGGUAGACUACUCUCAGACAAGGAGAUCCUUCAGGCGAUCCGUGUUCUAAAUCUUGAUACUGGAGAGAGUGUUCCACUGAGCAUCGCAGAAGAAAAAAUACCUAAGGGACUUAAUCCACUAGAUCUUCAUCUUAUAAAGAGAACAAAGGAGUACCACAGUGAUGGAAGCCUGAAGGAUGACCACCAUCAUGACCAGCUUGACAAUGAGGAUACACAUUCUUUGUCCGAACAGUCAGGCGUAAAGAAAAAGGGAUCUCGACUGAGGAAGAUGAUUGGACGAAAAGUUGGUAAAACAAUGAGUAAAGUGAAAACCAUGGCUGAUACAGUCUUACACAGUGAUGAUGUAGCUGUUGAAGAGGAAGUCUCUGUUGAUGGCAAAAUAUUUAAGAUCAAGGCAUCAAACAACAACAAAGGACCUUAUGACUUCAAGCAGUUAAGGAUGUUACAAGAUCUCAGUGGCACGCAUAGUGGUGCUAUUUGGACAAUGAAGUUUUCACCAUGUGGUCGUCUUCUGGCAACGGGAGGACAGGACAGCAUGUUGAGGAUCUGGGUUAUUAAGUCCGCUUCCAGCUACUUUGAUGACAUGCGUCAGAAAUAUGCCGAUGUUCGUGUGUCUCCUGCACCAUCACAGGAAAGUCUCAAUUCAGCCACAUCAGAAAACUCAGCUUCUGAUUUACUGGCCUCAGGUAGUACCGAGGAGGAAUUAGCUCCCUUUAUGCCAAAACCUUUCUGUACAUAUAGAGGUCACUCUGCCGACCUUCUUGAUGUUUCCUGGUCCAAGAAUUAUUUCAUUUUGUCUUCAUCCAUGGAUAAGACGGUACGCCUGUGGCAUAUAUCGCGACGGGAGUGUCUUUGUACAUUCCAGCACAUAGAUUUUGUUACUGCAAUCGUCUUCCACCCUCGAGAUGACCGAUAUUUUCUGAGUGGUUCUCUCGACGGAAAGCUUCGCCUGUGGAACAUUCCUGAGAAGAAAGUGACAAUGUGGAAUGAGGCUCAGAACUGUUUAAUCACCACAGCAAACUUCUGUCACAAUGGAAAAUUUGCUGUAGCUGGCACUUACGAUGGGAAAUGUAUAUUUUACAAUACAGAGCAACUAAAAUACUACACACAGAUCCAUGUACGAUCUACUCGGGGUAAGAAUGCUAGAGGACGUAAGAUCACUGGCAUUGAACCUCUACCCGGUGAAGAUAAGGUAUUGGUGACCUCUAAUGACUCAAGAAUAAGAAUGUAUGACCUUCGAGAUUUGACCUUGACCUGUAAAUACAAGGGAGGAGCAAACAACAGCAGCCAGAUCAAAGCUAGCUUUAGUCCAAAGUGCCGUUACAUCGUUUGUGGAUCAGAGGACCAUUUUGUGUACAUAUGGAAGACCCAACAUGAAUACUACAAGUUCUCAUCCGCCCGACGAGAUCGUAAUGACUACUGGGAGGCACUUAAAGUUCACAAUGCCGUGGUGACCGCAGCAGUCUUUGCUCCAAAUCCGUCCCUUCUGAUGACACCAUCUCAAUCCACAGCCAAGGAAGAGGAACGUACCAGCCAAGUGCUUGUCACAGCUGACUUUUCUGGUGCUAUUAAGGUCGUACAGAACACCAGCGCAACCACUCAACCAAUACAUUAGGUGGUCAGCUGAAAACUGGUGAAACCAUUCCAGCGGCACAUUAGUUGGCCAGUCUAUGGAGUGGAUUCUUAAUAUCAUUAGUAAUGAAUGGUCAAAUGACAGAGAAUUAAGCAAAGUAUUUUUCCUGAUGUUAGGAAUCAAACUUGAUAAAAGAAGGUUCUUUACAAUUACGACUUCAUUAUAGCAGUAGUGAUUGAUGAAGUAUUGUUUGACAUAAUGUAUAACUCCGUAGACAAUGUGAUAAUCAGGUGAGGUAGGUGACCUACAUCACAUCAUUUUCUAUGACCUUCUUUUAUUGUCAAAAACUUGUCAAACCUGCCCUAUACAAGGCCACUUGUGUUUAAAUUGGUCAAACCUGCCCUAUACAAGGCCACUUGUGUUUAAAUUAGUCAAACCUGCCCUAUACAAGGCCACUUGUGUUUAAAUUGGUCAAACCUGCCCUAUACAAGGCCACUUGUGUUUAAAUUGGUCAAACCUGCCCUAUACAAGACCACUAGUGUUUAAAUUGGUCAAACCUGCCCUAUACAAGACCACUAGUAUUUAAAUUGGUCAAACUUGCCCUAUACAAGGCUACUAGUGUUUAAAUUGGUCAAACCUGCGCUAUACAAACUCACCUGUGUUUAGAUUGGUCAAGUCUGCCCUAUACAAAAUCACGAGUGUUUAGAUUGGUCAAGCUUGCCCUAUACAAAAUCACUAGUAUUCAGAUUGGUCAAGUCUGCCCUAUACAAAAUCACGAGUGUUUAGAUAGGUCAAGCUUGCCCUAUACAAGACUAUUAUUGUUUAAAUUGGUCACACCUGCCCUAUACAAGACCACUAGUAUUUAAAUUGGUCAAACCUGCCCUAUACAAAAUCACUAGUAUUUAGAUUGGUCAAGUCUGCCCUAUACAAAAUCACGAGUGUUUAGAUUGGUCAAGCUUGCCCUAUACAAAAUCACUAGUAUUUAGAUUGGUCAAGUCUGCCCUAUACAAAAUCACGAGUGUUUAGAUUGGUCAAGCUUGCCCUAUACAAGACUACUAGUGUUUAAAUUGGUCACACCUGCCCUAUACAAGACCACUAGUAUUUAAAUUCGUCAAACCUGCCCUAUACAUUACUACUAGUGUUUAAAUUGGUCAAACCUGCCCUAUACAAAAUCACUAGUGUUUAGAUUGGUCAAACUUGCCCUUAACAAGACCACUAGUGUUUAAAUUGGUCAAACCUGCCCUAUACAAAAUCACUAGUGUUUAGAGUGGUCAAACCUGCCCUAUACAAAAUCACUAGUGUUUAAAUUUGUCAAACCUGUCCAGUAUAGACCACCUGAGUUUUUGAAAACAUGCUUUUACUGUUAUAACAUAACCUACGUUAGGGACCACCUGCUGAAAGAGACCUCAUUAUAGUAAUGGACUCCUGUAGGUGGCCUCUUAAUUUAUUGCAGGUUGAAUAGUAGUGAAAACAGCUUUAACAUGCACAGGUAUAUCCAAAUAUUGUAUAUCGGGAUAUUUUGGUUUCUGGUUAUUUUCGCUAUUAUACACAAAUUUGCUUCAUAUUAAUUCUGCCCUCUGGAGAUAAAAUAAAAAGGUUAUACAAGUAUAACAAAUUUUUACCCUAAUCUUAAAUUAAUCCUCUCAGUUCAUUGACAAAAACCACAAAAAUUAAACUGGGGUGAAAAUUUCCUGAUAUACUGUUCAUGUACUGAAGUGGUCAAGUAAUGAACCAUCCUGGAAUCACUUGUUUAUCUCAUUGCAGUAGAUAACACAGACAUGAUGCUUAUAUAGAAACCAUGGCUGGUCAAAGAGAUUGAACUGUAUACAUGUACUCAAGUCUGUCAAAGUUAUCUUGGGGAUUCUGAAAACGGCAAGAAAAUCUUUAGCAAGAUUUCUUUUUUAAAAUAUUUUAGUCUGUGAUAUGUUGCUCAAGACCGUCUUAUUGCAUGCCUUCAAUUCUUGCAAAUAAUAGCAAUUUUAUAUAUUGAAUUAUUGAUACUAUGUAGAACUAUUUCUUCUUGGUAUUAUGAAUGAUUGAUGAAAAUUUAUACUUUUUUCAUUUUAUUAUAGAUAUUU